UUUCUAGCUGAUAAAGCAGCAAAGGAAAUAAAAAUAGAGCCAGGUGCUUCCUACAGCAGAAACCAAAGUUACAGGGGAAUGCGGCACUGCAGAGCAGCCCACUGCCUCUCACAAACCACAGGCGGUGCAACUUCUGACUUGGGUGUUCACCUCCAAAUGCUUACCACCGUGCAGCUGCACCCAGCUGAGCACCUAGACAAGGACUAUGCAACUGCUGGUACUGCAAACACCUCUUUUCAGCCUCCUGCUGCCAAACAGAGCCACCUCACCACGCUUGAGGGAAGGCCUGCCAGCCUAUAAGCAGCAGAGAGAUUUGGCUGCCUCUUCUCCACCAGGAAGGCUGUGAAAAGCCUGAGUGAAAGCAGAAAACCCACUGACGCUGCAGCAAAUCAGAUGGAUGGCUAACUUGCCAGCAAACUCAACUGGGCUGCUGCUAGACACCUGUGUAAACUGUGGGAUUUGAUUCCAGCUGCCCUUACAAGGCAUGACCUGCCUUGUAGGGUUGGAACAUCAGCCACCCUUCAGACAAAAUGACACAGCUACAUGGGGUCACACUUUCCACCCUCCCCCAAGCAGACAACAAGCCUAGAGACAACUCACAGCAUAGGUUUUCUGAUCCCAAACUCAACAUCUGCCCACUUUCCAUUUAACCCAGAAUAACUUUUGUGCUUCCUCUUUUGCUAAGGGAGGCACUAGCUGUCCACUUGCCUGUUUUGGCAUAAACUGCAUAAACAUAAAUGCAUAAACUGCAUUCACAGAGCAGUUUAGCUUGGAAGGUGCCUCCACACUUCUGGUUUUUUUUCCCAAAAUAAAGUACUCUUGCCCAGGAGAGUGCAAAAGUCCAGUUCUUCUCUUCCAGAAGAUAUACAUUUGGCACUGAAUUUCACUGAACAGUUGAAGACAGUGCUUUGUUCUGCUGAAGCAUGUUCUGGAGUUCCUUUACUAAUGAUAAAGCCACUGAAGAGUUUUCAGCACUGGUUAGUCCUUUAAGAUACUGCCUAGUCCUAAAAUAUUAAGCACUUUUAAAUAAAUUUAUAAUUCCCUAGGGUGAUCUGGGCAGGAUUUGCAGCUCACUGCAUUUAAAAGGCCUUUGGAAUGAUCAUAAAAAAAACAAACAAGUUUCAUAUUAGUCCACAUGAACAGAAAAAACCCUAAAUAUUUAAAGGUAAUCUAUACACACCAAAAAUCAUAUCCAGGUCCCUCCCUCUAAUUACUUUAAUCAUCACACUGACCUAUGCAGACACCUAUGCUAACAUAAACCCAUUCAUUUGAGGUAAAUUACAUUACUCCAGUAGAGAGAGGGGCUUCUUAUCCCAGAAGUUAUCUUGAGCACUAAGUGAGGGACACCUACCUACAUUAGUUUUAUAGUCAGUGAAGAAAGAUGUUUCCACAAACAAACCUGAUUCUGGCAAAUUCUGAACUGCAGGACUUUGUUGCUUCAGGGACCAAGUGAACAUCCUGGCCAAUUCUUGACAACAUGUCAGAUGGACACUGAAACAUUAUUGCUCCCCGACUCAACACAGAGCUCUCUGCUAGCACCUCCCAAAGACUGCCAGCCAGAGACCUGAAGCAACAAGCCCUCUACAGAGAACAUGGAAUGAGCUCCUUCUCCAAACUGCUUUUCUAACGGGUGGAUCUUUUCUCAAGCUGACAAAGAAGAAACAUAGGAAGUUAGUCUUCUUCACCUAUAAUCCUUUGUGAAUAUUCCCAUCCCACCUAAGAUGUCUGUUGCAAUGACACAGCUGAGAGAUUUUACUCCAUUUUAAACACAGGACAAAACCUCUUUUCAUACAGCAUUUUUUGGCAAAGCUCUCAAAUAAGCAUGUUAUUAAUUUAGACAGCAAAUAAAAAAAAUAGAAAUAUUGCUGCUGUGUUAAUAAGAAGUUGUAAGUACAGGCAUAAACAAAGUUGUGUAUUCAAGUGAAUCAAACUUCUCAUUUCAAAUGCCGAGACUUUCUGUCACUUUCAGACUGACUACUAUCCAAGGUAAUAUAAAUAAAAUGGGGAUUUCCACAAAAAAAUCCACCAGACUAUGCUCUACUGAAAAUACAUUUAUAUUGUGCUUAUUAGAAACUUAUGCAUAACCAAGAUGUGUAUUCUUGCAGAUACCUUUUUAUGGAAACUUUAAUGUAAAAUAUGCUUUCAUUAUACCACCAACAUUUAAAAGUUGAAAAUAUAUGUAGUACAACAGCCCACUCUGCCCACGAUGGAAAUAUUACAAACGUUUGACUGUUGAAAGGUAAUAGAAAUACCAGUUCACAGACACCACACCUAUGUGAAAUAGUAACUUUUAAGAAUGACCAAUAAAAGAGCUCAACACUAGUGAGAUUACGUCAUUGUUUCCUGCCUGAGAAGAGGAGCUAUUUUAGCUAAGCGAAGCUGAGCAAAGAAGAGGAAGUCUAAACCUUCUACAGAUUUGGGGCCAUGAAAGAAGCAUCUCUGAAGAAAUUUUGUAGAGCACAAAAGGUGAGUAACGAUCCCUUAUGCUGUGCUAACAAAGUAACUUGGACGUUCAUGCAUGUUGCUAAGAAGCUUUGUUCAGAAGCAGAACAUGGGCAUUAAUUCUAGAACUAAUGAAAAGAUAUUUAAUUUUUAAUGCACUUUCAAAAUAUCAGCAGCAUUCUAUAAAGAACAUUUAAAGAAAAAGGAUUGCAUUUGUAAAAGCAUAGUACCAUAAAUACUGUUGUUUAGGAUUUUAACAAAAAAUUUUAAAAGCAUGCAAUAAAUGAAAACAUUGGUAAGUACAUUUAUCACUAAGAGAAAAAUGUUUCUUUUCAUGAAAUGAAAAUCAGGACAGCAUGUUACUUGGUGUCUCUGUGCUUCACUGAAAGCCACGCUCUCCUUACGGAAAUGCAAGCAAAUAUAAGGAACAGACAAAGUAAAAAGGGGGACUGGGAAGGGAGACACACACAUGGCCCUUUAAAUGGAACCAGUGUUACCUAACCUACAUUAAGAAUCUGGAGGAAAAGAUUUAAUUGUGAUUUUGCUGUGAACAUCUUGUUCUCGUACAGGGCAUGUAGCUGGCCUUCACAAUUCACAUUCAGAAUGUCAAUUAUCAUUAAAAAAAAUAAAAGAUUGAUAAAACAUACAGACAAACAACAGAGGAAUAAUUUAGAAUUAAUACACACAAGUCUUCCAGAAACCAGUGACUCCAAGGGCUCUUCAGCAAGUGAAUCAAUACCAGUAAGUAAAUGUUCCCAUUAUGAAAAAUGGCAAUUAGAGCAAAAUCAUCCAUCCUGCUUGGGCUGACCCGAACUCCAUGCAGACAAGUACCAAUGAAAAAGCAAAAUAUCUCCAAUUGUGUAUAAAUGCAAAUAGGUAACAUACACUUUUUAAAAAUCUCAAUAUUUCUUACCUACAUUAAUGUUAAAUUUUAGGUUCUUAAAAAUUAACUGGCAUGCAUUUAAACUCACAAAGUUGGGAAACAGUCUCAAACAACCAAUCAAAAAAAAAAAAAGCAAACAACAAAACCCAACAAACCUUUUCUGUUACAGUAGGUCAGUUCUUUGAUAUAUAUCAGAACCCUCACAAACUUAAAAUAACUAGCAAACAAGGCAUGAAAAGUAGAUCACACCAGAUUCAGCUUCCUUUCUUCCCAUCAACAUCAGGCUACUGGUUAUUUUGAAAACAUGAUCUGACCAGAAAUAAUUACAGUCACUGCAAGUCUGAAGGAGACAAGAGCAAAACCAAAACUAAAAUCCAUGAUGUUUCUUAUUAUUCAAGUGAAUUAUUCUACCUGUCAAAUUCACCUGCCAAAUCACUCAGGAUAUUGAGCUUGGUAGUUCUGCACUGUCAAACACAAUCACUAGCAAGAGAAAAAAAAUAACAGAACAAAAGACGAAAAAAGAACCCACUUACUAUGUGCAAGGGGGAGGUGUAUAUUAAGCAACAUUUGGACAAUUUUGUGCAACAGUAGUGAAAGUGGAACAGUGUGCCAGAUAAUAUUUUAACUAUGCUGCUAGCACAUGCACAACAUUUUUCAGCAUAUGCCAUCUAACCUUCAAUAAGGUUUGCUAGCAUUAUUUAAUUAUUUUAUUUUUCUUAUUUUUAGAGUUUAUGCAAUGAGGAAUUUGAGAGGCAUUUAUACAGAUGCCCCCCAAACCUCUUUUUUGUAUUACAUACAUGGCUUUCCCCAUAUAAAACAUAAAUUCUGUUGCAUGUUCUAAUGUCCUCAUCUGAGCACAAAACACGCCUUUUUUGUAUUAUACAGCCAAAAAAAAGACCUUGAAGUUAUAGGUUAAAUAUUUAUAUGCAUAACUUUAAUAUAUCUGUAAACUGGAGAACUGUAAGAAAAUUAGAAGCCCAAACUUUAUAUUUCAAGGCAGAAACUAAGCUAUAUAAAGAUUUAACAGGUCAUAUUUAAGUUAGUUACUCCAUGGUACUCUUCUCAGAUGCAGCUGGUAUUUGCCAGUGUCAAACCAGGACACCAGAUUAAAAAACACUGGUUCAAUCCCCUAUGCAUUCCUGUAGCACUGAGAAAGUAUUUGGUAACACUACAGAGAAAGCAUUAACCAGAUGGGCAGUAACAAUAAACCUGGGUUUUAAUGCAUUCUUCACUUCUGCAGAUAAAACACACAGGAACUAGGCACCCUUCUGCUCCUGAGAACAGUUCUGGUGCCUAACAGAUACUGUGGAACUUCCUUAGCUGUUUGUCACAAGUGGGAAGAUCAGACAAACAACUAACUUGUUCCUCCUCCUCCUCCUCUGCACAAAGCUGCCACAGGGCUGGGUAAAAGGCCAGACAAGAGGAACCCACCCACAUAAGAUCACGAAACUGUGACCACACUAAGAGCCAGGAAAGUGCUGGGGGUGAAGGUUAAACAACGCACUCAUGCAAACACCAGGGGAUUUAUGGAGAGCAACAACUAUUCCUAAAUUCAAUUAGACUAUGAUGCCAGAAAAUUCCCACCCAGAAGAAUACAGGAUUGCAUCACUGGUCUUCUACAGCUUUGUGUUCACAGUGGGAUUGCUGGUGAAUGCCACUGCACUAUGGGUGUUCAGCUGCACUACCAAGAAGAGAACAACUAUAACUGUAUAUAUGAUGAACGUUGCAUUACUUGACCUGGUUUUUAUAUUUUCCUUGCCUUUUCGGAUAAUCUACCACGGGACAGAAACGUGGCCUUUUGGAGAUACAUUCUGCCGGAUCCUCGGGGCUUUCACUGUGUUUUAUCCAGCCAUUGCUCUGUGGCUGCUGGCUUUUAUCAGCGUAGACAGAUUUAUGGCUAUUGUCCAGCCCAAACAUGUCAAAGAACUAAAAAAUACAAAAAAAGCUGUUCUGGCUUGCACUGGAAUUUGGAUAAUGACCGUCUCAACAACAUCCCCACUGGUGUUUUUACGAUCUGAUCCAGACCAAGCCUCAAAUUUCACCACCUGCAUGAAAAUGCUUGAUAUCAUCCAUUUAAAGGAAGUAAACACACUGAAUUUUUGUCGCUUGAUUUUUUUCUUUUUGAUCCCCUUGUUUAUCAUGAUGGGGUGUUACCUAGUCAUUAUUUAUAAUUUUAUUCACGGCAAGACUUCCAAACUGAAACCUAAGGCCAAGGAGAGAUCUAUAAGAAUUAUAGUUACUCUGAUUGCUCAGGUACUCGUCUGCUUUGUACCCUUCCACAUUUGCUUUGCCUUCCUGAUGUUGCAAGAUGAAAAUACAAGUUACAAUCCCUGGGCAGCCUUUACCACCUUUCUCAUGAAUCUCAGUACAUGCUUGGAUGUUAUACUGUACUACAUUGUUUCCAAACAAUUCCAGGCAAGAGUCAUCAGCGUAAUCCUUUAUCGCAAUUACCUUCGAAGCGUGCGCAGGAAAAGCUUUCGAACUGGAAGUGUAAGAUCACUCAAUAAUAUGAACAGUGAAAUGAUAUAAAAAUAGAAAAAAUGUCAGGGGACUUUUACAGUGUAAACAAGGGAUUGUUUUUCCAAAUUCUAGCACUUGGCUACACAGAAGGAUGUUCUAUGACCAAAGGUAACAGAUAUAUUUGUUGCAUUGUAAAUAUGACAGAAGCAGAAAAAUAACUGCAUCUCUUUUUAUUUGUUCAACAUCUUUUGCUGUUUCACCUGAAAUGAACUAAAACCUAGUGUUAAACUUUCCAAUGCUUUUAUCACCUCAAAUGACUGUGAAUAUUGUCAGAUGUGAAAGUGACUGUUAAUGUAAUAAAGUAGACAACACUGAAGAAUUAUGAGGCAAUGCAUACAUGAAUUUUUUAUAUUUGCAUAAUCAAAUGUUUCUGAAACUACUGUAUAUCCCACAUUUCUAAAAUUAAUUUCAUUCUCUCAAUAUCAAAUUCAUUAUGACUUAAUGAGAAGGCACAUGUAGGUAAAAUUUAUAUUUUACCUAAUUAAAAACUUCUUUGAUGCAGAUUUCUUUGUAACUGACUACAUUCUGCAGCCAUAAAAAUACCAUCAAAGGGUAAAAUGGUCAGACUGUUCCUUACCUAUCUGUGGGUAUGAUGCGCACAUUUAUGACACCUUAUUAUUGCACAAAGUAUUUUUUUACAUAUAGGGAAAAUAUUAAUUUCUCCAGACACAUUAGUAGCCUAUGUCCUAGCAACAAACUCUAGGUAACAAACACGAGCAACUGCAGUAGCUUCUCAAGCUUUCAACUUCUUUUGAAUACUGACACACUACAAAAAAUGUAUUUUUAUAAUACCAAACACAUGCUUUUUGUCCCUUAUAAAUUAGAUGUUAAAUACUUUCAACAGAUGCUCUGGACAAGCAGAAAUAAAAUAAAAGGUCUAAUAUGGUGUUUAAUAUUAAAAAUCUUACUCCAAAAGCUUUUAUUAUUACCUCAGAGAGUGCAAACAUGGAAACUCAAGUCUGUGUGAUCUCACCUGCCAGUUUAACCACAGAGGGUUGCAAGCUCUGUGGUCCUACUAUAUUAUGCAUAUCUUUUAGUAAGUGCAUAAAUCUCAAACAUAGUCUAUGCAAAACUGAACCACUGAACACCUUAAAGCUGUAAGAAUUUCAGCUGCAAGCGUGAAAUGGAGUAACAACCUCUGGCACUCAAUUUUUGAAAAACAUACAAAAUACCAGUAUGAAAUGCAUAUGCAUUUAAAAGUGAAGAUAAAGUGCAUGAUUUACAGUUCUGUUGCCUUUCUGAUUUAAGACAGAAAUCAGCACAACCUGAUCGCAGUUUUUACAAAUUGAAUGGAUCCAAACAAUUUGUACUGAACAAAUACAGCAAUAAUUUGUGUGCUGCAAGCCAUGUUGCAAUCAUGGUAACAGAGGAAAUGAGACUAACAGAUUGGAAACUAAUCAUUGUAUGGAUAAAUUAUAAAUUAAACACAAAUCAUAGCUAAGAAAUAAAUGUUUGAAAUUACAGUAGUUGUGCCAAGAACCUUUACACUUCAGUUCAAAAGAGGAUUAAAUUAAUUUGAAGUGAUACACAAAGAAAGGUUUUUUUAAAAUAAAAUCUUCAGAAAACAAUCCCUUGAAACUAUAUCUAAAAUAACCAAUUCA